GGGUUCUCUUCAUUUUCAUACUCCUGUCCUGGAGAGAAAUCUGAAGCCUGAAAGAUUUUAAAGAAAUUGAUAAAUCUUGACAAGAAAUGAAUGCGUUCAAGGCUUAUAAAGCUUGUGUUCCAAUUGCCUGGAGUUCAAACAUAUAUAUAACCCAGGUGAGGGGAAUUCCGGGGACAAGGAAAUCUCACAGGCGCACCCUUGAGGCCUUGCGCCUUGGCAAAUCUAACCGAACUGUCAUGCGAUGGAAUACACCUACGGUUAGAGGGAUGCUUCAGCAGGUUAAGAGGUUGGUUGUGAUCGAAACAGAAGAGAUGUACAAGGCCCGCAUGCAAAAACAAGAAACCCAUCGAGCUAUACGCCCCCCUAUUGCUGUCAGCCAUCACUCCGUUCCUGCAAAAGAUUCUUCUGAGUAAUAAUGACAGAAUGUUUACAGUUAGUGAGAGACGGAAGGACACCCUUAGAGGUCUGGGUCCGUUUGGCGCGGUUUAGUUGAAGGGGGGACUGCAGUCAAAGGGUGUAAUAGGGGGUUGCUUUGGCAUGACCCAAAGACACGACAUAGGAACUACCUCGAAUUACCUCCAAUGGGCUGCAUUCAAUGUGAUUACAAUGUUUGUGUAGAUUCAAUGUGUGACAGACGGACCUUAAAACUUUUGGGAGAAUGUCCAAAUCGUUAAUUCGUCCAAACUUGCCUGGGCAAGGAAAGUCAUUCUUUUCGGUC